CGUCAAAUUGUUUUUUUAAAGGCAUUUCCAGCCGCAAGUGACUUAAUUGUCCACAAGGGGGCGGCAAUAAUGGCGAGUCCAAAAAAAGAUGAGAGUAAACACGCCCAGGUGGAAGUGGAAGUGGAAGUGACCCUUCCGCCGCUGCAAAGCCGCACAUCUUCUUUCGGGGGCGAGUUGGGAGUUUUUUCCCGCCAAGGAUGGGAGCAGGGGUGGCACCGCGCGGGUUCUUAAAGAGCAAAUGUGCGGACUCUGAGGACAAGCAGACCUCUGCAGCAGGAUGGAGGAGCACAGGACACCAGCAGCGUGGACGAGCACACUCGCCCCGUGGAUGCUGGUCUCGCUGGCCCUGGUGCAGGUCGCGGCCCCCAACCCGUCCCCCCUGGCGGGCUCCAACUGGGGCAGCCCGCGCAGGUACGUCCACCUGCAGACCUCCACGGAGCUCAGCAACUUCUACUUGGAGAUCAAACUGGACGGAACCGUGCGAAAGACCCCCAGCAGGGGUCCCUACAGUACGUGGGCAUUCACGCACGCACGAUUCACUCAUCUUUCAUGUGUUCACACUGUUGCAUGCUGGGUGUUCGCAGGCGUCGUCACGCUGAAGGCCGAUACCAGGGAGCGUCUCGCCAUCCUGGGCGUCAAGAGCAGCCGAUAUCUUUGCAUGGACUUGGAUGGAACACCUUUCACCUCAUCGGUGUGUCUCCGUGACGACUGUCUGUUUGACCACAAACUGCUGGAGAACAACCGGGACGUGUUCUACUCCAGUCGGACCGGCAUCUUGUUCAACCUGGAAGGUUCCCGCCAGGUGUUCUCUGCGGGCCUCAACCUGCCGCAGACUUCGCUCUUCCUGCCCAAGAAGAGCACCGUGCCUCUGGAGCGCCUCCUGCUGCACAGGGAGAAGAGGAACCGCCUGCCGGACGUGGUCGAGGCCUCGGACUCCAGGGCCGAGCCGGAGCUAGAGCAAGAGGCGGAGGUCGGGGAUGAAGGGAGGAACGCGUCCUGGGAGAUCCUUCCAGACCCGCCGGCGCCACACGACCCGUGGAGCGUUCACUCGGCUAACCCCGCCAGCCCCAGGAGCACCGGAACCGUGGGAUGACCUUUGACCUGUGAGUGUCUCCUUUUGUCCUCACAAGUCCAAACUUUUAUGAGCGACUUGACUCGGUGGACCCUUUUUUUGCACACUUCAUGUACAUUUAGGGUAAAUAUGACGAUUAUUCAGAAGAAAUACUUGAUCAAAGGCUUGAGAUGAUUGUACAUUUUCAGGCAACAUUGGGCACACCUGCAACACAAUGACUAUAUUCACUCAAUAUUUCACCACUUAUUUUUAACAACAAAACACUGCAGCAUAAAUUCAUACGUCAACAUUUAAAUCCCAGUUGUUUUGGAGCAGGUGUGCCUAAUGAAAAGUCACAAAGAAGUGAUGUAAAUAUUAAUUUGUACACUGAAAAGUUUAUGUAGAUUUUACGGUAAAAAAAAAGAGGCAGCUCACUCACCAGAAUUUACUGUAAAACCAGAGGUGGUACCGUUUUUCCAUUUACAGUAAUGCACUGUAAAAACGGUUUUAAAAAAAAAAGGCAUUUACCCACCAUACAUUUUACAUUAAAAUUAUGGUGACUGAGCUGCCAAUUUUUACUGUAAAAUCGAAUUAUUAUUUUUUUUAUAAAAGUGUAAUGCUUUGUAUACUUUUUCUAGCGCUUCGAAACACACAAAGAACACAACGGAAACAUUUGCCAUUCAAUGAAGAGUAUUUAUUUAUUUAAAUACAUUCUUUAUUUAUGCUAUUUAUACAUACAGUAUAUCAUGAAUGAGUGUUGGAGCAAAAAUAA